UGUGAACUUUUCCGUUUCCUAGUUUUAACAUUACUUACUAGCUAUCUUUUGGAGAGCAGCAAAGAAUACUGUUUUUUUUWAAGCCCCAAGUGACUGAUAGUGAUGCAUGGGACAUGUUAUUGACAGCCUUUGGAAAGAUUCUGAAUGGGAGGGCUUGCAUCUGAGAACUGACUGCAGCCACAAAUCACCAGUCACAUUUUCCCUGCAGCCGACCCGACUGCAACUACCAUUAUUCCAGCCCGUAAUUAACCUGACAUGUCUCAACCGAAGGAGUCAGGCGAUCGUGGGAAAGACAGGGAGCGGGGCGCCCGUCCCAAGGUGAGACAGAGCCGGUCUGAGGAGAGAAGAGAUGCUGGUGGAAGAGGAAAGAAAAAAGGCCAGACAUCCCGUGAGCAGCAAGCUGCGGAGCGGCCUGUCAGCGAUGGGUUUCAGUAUGGGGACCUGCUGACUGGUCUGGAGCCCAGGGACCGCUGCUCCUCCUCUCCCCUGAAGGAGGGCAGGAGAUGGCAGGGCCURGAGGGGGUCACUUCACUCAGCCAGGACAGGGGGACAGCCAGGCUGGCACAGGGGACACCUGAGCCACCAGCCAGUGAGGCUGAGGGCAGGGGGGCAGGUGGCAGUCGCACACUCCGCCAAAAGAUCCAGGAUGCCAUGGGGCAGUGUUUCCCCAUAAAGACCAACACUCCAUCGCCAUCAUCGUCCAGUUCCACUCAGCAGGUCUUUAUGCCACAAGCUGCAGCUGCUGCAGGGGCUGCCUCCUCGCGGCGCAAGAUCCACCUUAGUGAACUCAUGCUGGACGAUUGUCCCUUCGCUGCAGGCACCGAGCUGGCUCAGAAGUGGUACCUCAUCAAGCAGCACACAGCCCCCAUCUCCACACCUCCUAUAGUGGACACCUUGGUGGUCAGCACUAGUGCCUCUGCCUCAAACAUGGCUGCYGUGGUGGAGGAUGUGGAUGACCGGUUGCGAGAGCGCAGGCGCAUCAGCAUCGAGCAAGGCGUAGAGCCACCUCCCAACGCAGAGAUCCACACGUUUGAAGUGACGGCCCAGAUCAACCCUCUGUACAAGCUGGGGCCCAAACUGGCCCAUGGUAUGAAUGAGCUUGCAGGGGACGACAGGGCUACCAUUCACCAGCAACAGCAGCUGCUUCUCCARAGGCAACAGCAGCACCAGCUCCUGCUGCAGAGCUGUCUGGACACUCUGGAUGAGGUGGUGGCUGUGGCCGCCUCCUCUUCUGCCUCAGCAUCUGCCUUGGUCCCUGUCUGUGAGGCUGCUUCUGUCCCUGACCUUGUGGAUGACCCUGAGGUCACAGCCAGCCUCCAGCCAACCAGAGCUGCCGUCCCCCAGGCUGAGGGUCCCCCUACUCAGGACGGCUAUCGCAUCCACACCCAGAUCGACUACAUCCACUGUCUGGUGCCUGACCUGCUGCAGAUCACUAACCUACCCUGCUACUGGGGUGUGAUGGACCGCUAUGAGGCCGAGACUCUGCUGGAGGGYAAGCMAGAGGGCACCUUCCUCCUCCGCGACUCAGCCCAGGAAGACUACCUCUUCUCYGUCAGCUUCCGCCGCUAYGGCCGCUCGCUGCACGCCCGCAUCGAGCAGUGGAACCACAACUUCAGCUUCGACGUGCACGACCCCAGUGUUUUCCAUGCACCCACCGUCACAGGGCUGCUGGAGCACUACAAGGACCCCAACUCCUGCAUGUUCUUCGAGCCUCUGCUGUCCAACCCCAUCCACCGCACCCUGCCCUUCAGCCUGCAGCACGUGUGCAGGGCGGUGAUCAGCAGCCGCACCACCUACGACGGCAUCAACGUGCUGCCCAUCCCCAACACCCUGAAGAAACACCUGAAGGAGUACCAUUACAAGCAAAGGGUGAGGGUACGGAGGAUGGACACCUGGUGGGAAUAACAAAGACCUUCUGGUGGAAGUGAACCACAACUAGGCUACUAACUAAACACUCAAUGGAGGCGGGCCUCGCUCAGUGGACAACCAGUUGACUCACUCCAUUUUUUUUUUUAAUUAACAUAUACUUACCUACUGCAUUCACUGUAUACCUAGCUACCUGUUUUAUUUAUUAUUUGCCGUAUAUGAUGUCUUACACUUGUCUCAAACUCUGUGGAUAUUAUGUUAAUUCAAUUACGAUGCACAUACACAUUUUUCUUUGCUCACAAUAAACUUCAGAAGUAUCGUAAUGAAACACCA